AUGCAAAAUAAAACAGAGUUAAGCGAACCUUUACAUGAUAAUAAGAAUAGUUCUCUUUACUCAAAUUUUCAAAGAAAUGAUUCUUCAGAAAGUUUAGUCGCACUUCCACUUCCAAGUAAAAAUCAGCACAUUGGAAAAAGAAUUGUAUCACGAUUGUUGAUUGAAGGUGAGAACGUUUUAUCAAAAACUCAAUUCAACGCUCGCCCUAGCAGUAAUGACGAUACGAUAGAAAGAUCAAACACGAUUUCUGGACGUUCUGGAUUGGAUAGAGAAUCUAAUAAGUUAAAUUCUACAACAAAUUUACAACGUUCUAGUACUAUUGUUAACUAUGAAAAUAGAAAAGGGGCGUCAGCGAACAUGGGAGAAUUUGAGAGUAAGCUUCUUGGCUCUCCUAAUUCCGGAUCGAUAGAAAAGAUGACAUGCGCGGCAAUGUUUGGAAAACAAUAUCUUCUUAUCGGCAAUGAAAAUGGGCUGAAUGUAAUCGAUUUUUCUAUUAAUUCCGAAUUGAUUAAACCAACACCAUUGAUCCGAGGUUGCUCUUUUAAAAAAAUGCAAAUAUUAGAUGAAUAUGGGAUUAUGAUUACAAUCGCUGGAAAGAAACAGAUGAUUCGAAUUUAUAAAUUAGACUCUUUAUUACAUUUAAUCAAGUUCAUUUUACAAUCAAAAACGGAAAAGCCUAUAGAUUUUUCAAAAACACAUACCUUUCUGAAAAAAAUUACAGAUUCAUUACCGAGAUGUGAUUUUUGUGGAAAUCAAUUAGAUGAGGCCACAAUGUCGGAGGGAUCAAAGACCGGAAAAUUAACGUGUCAAAAUUGUAAAGAUCCUGACGAAUGGUCAUCCAUAGAUACUCUUUCAUCAAAUUCUGAAUUCAAUUCUUCUGCAACUUCAACAGGAGGAUUAUUAUUUCCUAGCAAAUUACAUCAACGUACCUUGUCAAACAUUUCGUUGCAUCUAUCAGAUUAUAUUCAAAAUCAACUUUCAAAUUCUUUAGACAAUGUUGACAUAAGCGCGGAAGAAAAAUCACAUGUAUGGCAUUGGGCUACUGAUUACAUUAAAUUGCAGGAGAGUGCUAGGGAUUGUAUUACCUUUGACAUCAGGGAAACGAGGAGAUAUCUUUAUUUAACAGUAGUAACACCCAAUCAUAUGAUCCAUUUGUUUAGUUGUGAUACCAAUACCAAAAAUACUCCGGAUUUUAAAUUUGAAUUGGCGCGAACUUUUUGGGUUCCAGAAAUUCCCGAAUUUAUUAGCGUAUCAACUGAUAAUUUUGUAAUCAAAAAAAUAUACACAAUCAUAAAUGGUAAAGCGGCAUACAUUGACGCUCACGCGAGUGAAGUAAAGGAAAUUAGCAUGUCAAAGGGUCUAAUCCCUAGGUUUGAGGAAAAUCCGACUUGGCGAAAUUUUAUUCCACUUCCAAGCACAUGUUCAUUAGGAUUCCUAGUUCAAAAUCCUACAGAAUUUGAAUUGCCACUUUCCGUUAUCCCUUUAACACCGACCAAUCAAGUUCCUCCAAAGCCACCAACUCCACCCACAUUUUCACCACCUUCGCAAUUCAUAAAAUUCAAUGACAAUUCAAAGAAUAAUCCAUUAAGGAGAUCAACGUAUAGAAAUCGUAGAAGUGUUGACUUACAAUCAGAUGGUAUUAUAUCCAACAAAAAAUCUCGUAGAAAAUCGGGCAAUAUGAUGAAUCAUGAGACUUUAAAUUUAGAGACUUCACCAUUAGAUGCCGUAGCUUCCAUGAUCCAACAAAAUGAUCAAGGACAAUCACGACUUCUCUGUGAUUUAAUUUCUCCUCCAAUUUCACCUAAAUUUGCUAAUUUAUCUGACAUCCCAUCACAACGAGGAGCCAUGUCAAUUAUCCAAGUUCAAGCCGCUACAUAUGAUUAUGCUCCAUUUCCUGCUCCUCCUCGGAAGCGACCAACCAAGAAAGAUUCAAGUACAUCAUUACCUUUUGAUCAAUCAUCAUAUACAUCUCAUUCAGAAUCUCAAAGUAGGACCAAACCAGAAGUACCGAUAGAAGCACCAUUACCAUUGCACCUAUUCCUUGCGACCGUGCAUAAUGUUUCUUACUUAGUUAAUGGUAAUGGCGAACCAUACAAAUAUCACCAUCCAAUACGAUGGUCUUCACCACCAAACGACAUUUCAUUAUUACCUAGUUUUAAUGACGUCUUUGUGCUAGGAUUUCAAAAUACUACUAUUGAAUUGGCUUCGAUGAAAUCUGGUGAAAUUAUAAGAAAGAUUGUACAUGGAUGUUCCGUAAAUUUUUUAGGCAGUACUUGGAGAAAGAAUGAUAUCGUUAAUCAAAGGAGAAAAAUGAACCCUAAUAAAAUACAUGAAUUUGAUAGCGGAAUGAGAAGGAAUGUUUUCUGGACUUGUAAAUUGGGAGAAACGUAUUAUUUUUAUCGUGGUAGAGUUAUUGACAAAGAAAAUUAA